AUGCUGGACAACAAGCAGUUACCUUUAGAACGUGCAACAUCGAGAAAUCCCGGUCAGCCGCUCUGCAUGGCACAGUACUACCGCCUAUUUUCUUCUUGUAGAAUCCCUGGUAUAAAAAGGGACAAGCAGUUUAUUUCGGCUUCAACGGAACAACCUUCAGAACAUAUUAUCGUCACAUGUAGGAACCACUUUUAUUGCUUGGUCUUAAAAGCGCCUGAUAGAGGUUGUCUAAGUGAAGACGAGAUUUGUUCUCAGCUGCUUUAUAUAUUAAAUAACGCCCCAUGUCUGCCUAUGCCACCUCCAGUGGGAAUACUGACUGGAUGGAGGAGACCAAAAUGGGCAGAAGCGAGGCAGAAGCUUCUUAGAAACGAUAGAAAUAGAAGGAAUAUGGAAUUAAUAGAAAAAGCCUUGCUGGUACUGUGCUUAGAUGAAGCCCUUUCCAAUAAUUUCAAUUCCCACGUACAGAGAGGUGCAAAGGGUCAUGUUGCCGGAGGCAGAGAUGAAACCAAUUUAGCUUUGCAAAUGCUCCAUGGAGGAGGAAGCAGUCAAAAUUCAAGUAACAGAUGGUUCGACAAAACAAUUCAAAUUGUAAUAAGUGGAGACGGUGCGUGUGGGCUGUGUUAUGAACACUCUCCAUCGGAAGCAGUAGCAAUCAUAGCAGCGAUGGAGAAGAUUCUGAAAGAUACCGAAUCUCAACCAAUAAACACCGAGGUUCCUUCUGCAUGUGACCAUCUGCCCCUUCCAGAAAGGCUAGAAUGGUGUCUGGAAAUUGAAGAUUUCCAAAAGAUAGAAGAAGCCGCCCAAUACCUGGACAAUCUCAUCAAAGAUUUGGACUUUUUGGUUCUAAGAUUUGAUGGCUAUGGAAAGGACUUUAUGAAAUCGUGCAAAGUCAGCCCUGAUGCUUACGUUCAAUUAGCUUUGCAAUUGGCUUAUUACAAAUUGUAUGGAAAAUUAACUGCUACAUAUGAAAGUGCUUCUACCAGGCGUUUCUUAUUGGGUCGGGUUGACUGCAUACGUUCCGCUAGUGUUGAAGCAUUGGAAUGGGCUUCAGCCAUGCUCCAGCAUACAGACGACAUAGAUGCAAACAACAAAAAAGUAACUUUCCAUCUUGUAACACAUGAAGAAAAAAUAAAGUUGUGGCUAAGGGCGGUUGAGAGACAGACUCAAGAAAUGGUGGAUAAUAUUUUGGGCCAAGGUAUAGACAUCCACUUACUGGGUCUAAGGGAAGCUGCAAAAGAAACAUCACCUACUGCCGCACAUCCUCUACCCGAAAUUUUUACUGAUGAGUCAUAUCGUAUAGCGAAUAGAUUCAAUUUAACCACCAGUCAAGUUGCAACAUCAAUUGACAGUUUCAUGGGAUACGGACCUGUUGAACCGGAUGGUUAUGGAGCGUCUUAUAACAUAAAAUCUAGUAGUAUUGUUUUCUGCUUAUCGUCAUUUUGGUCAUCCCAAAUCACUAGUACGUCCAAAUUUGCACAAGCGUUAGAAGAUAGUCUCAAUACCAUGCAAAGUCUUUUGGGUACCAACUUUGACUCACAUCAAAGCGCUACUUAG